UGAUUGGCUCUUUGUAAAGACCUUUGGAAAUACCAAUGAGAAACCUCCAUGCGUCCUCUCUAGCCAACCUGUUCUUUUUUUCCUCCCCUUCCUAGCGGAUUCUCCGCCCACUACAGGCGCCGAGAAGUCGCUAGGAGCUCGGCUGCAGGAAAUGGGAAAGCUGAAUGCCUUUUGCGCUUUGCCUCCAGCAAUACUGUCUUCCUUCCGAAGCUGCUCCUUCCGUGUCUGUGUUCCCCUCUCUGCUUCUUUUGUUCUUGCCUCUUCUUUGCUCCUCGCAUUCUAGAUCAUCUUUCUGCGUUGCACGAUGGAGGGACAGCAUAUAAUGGCUCAGGUGCAUAUCCAGACCCCAAUCUCCUCCUCCUCGUCGUCUUCUUCCGUAGCUGGGGAAGAAUCCAGGAGGCUGCCAAAUCCUGUGCGAGUGGCAGCCCGGGAAAGAAUGGUGGGAGGCCGUUUGUUGGACAGUCAUAGCCUGGAUGGGAUAAGCCAGGUGUAUGGAGCCUCCAAGGCCCAGGAAGGCAGGAGGGCCACCAUAUCCAGUGCCUUGGAGCUGGAAGGGACAGUGAGCCAUGAUGGGGACCUGACCCACUUUGUGGCCAACAACCUGCAGAUGAAGAUCAAAAUGAGCUCCCGGGGCAGUCUAGAUGACGCGGAACCCACCUCCUCCUCGUCAAUGUCAUCGCAACUGUCUGUUAGGGGCAAAAUGGCAGACAUCCCCCCAAUUGACCCACAGGUGAUUCGGGAUCUGGAGAGGCUCACGAGAGACGUGGCACAGAAGGUGGACCAGAUGCUGAGAGUCUUGAACAGCUCUAUCCAGAACAUGACAGCCCUCAGCGUAGGGUACAUCCAGACAUACCGGGAUGCUGUGGACAGCUUGGGUGAAUCUGUGGACAUGAGCAUUAAAGGGAUGUACACUCUGAUGGCAAGGUGUGAAGAGCUGGAUCGCUCCAUGCAGCCUGUCCACACCCUUACAAAACAGAUCCGGGAUAUUAAGAGGACCCUGGAAAUCUUUGAGGCACUUUGCAAGUAGUGCACUUUUUAGAGGAACUGAUUAACUUGCUCAGUGGCGGGGAAUGCAGUAGGGAAGAUGCUUGAUCUACUGUGAUUCAUACUUCUAAAGGGAAACUAUAUGUGUUUUUUUCUUGCACUAUAAUAAAUGGAUUGUGGCUGUGUU